AUGGACACGCCUGUCACGCGUAAUCUAGCGGUAGCGGCUAAGCGCAAAGCUGUACCAGAGACGGCCACUACAACAGCAACUCCAGCGCCUGGACCUAGCCUGACCAGCAAGGUCUUUCCCAAUGUCUUCUUCCUGUGCACCAUACUCGGCGCCAUAUCCCUGUCAUGGCCUCUGCGAUGGGUCCUUUCCGGAGCGCCGAUCCUGGUCUACACCGUCCUGCUCGGAGAAGCCUACGGGCAACGCAUCUUACCCUUUGUCCCCAUAUGGACGAUAUUUGCUACCGUCAACCUCUUGUACGCAGUGAGCGCGACCUCAUGGCUUCUGUACUGGGUGUUCGCCGCCUGUUGCUGGCCUACCGUGUUGAUCGCCAGCCUGUUUCAAUUCAAUGCGCCCUGGGGGCCCUUGCUCGUCGCAUAUUACGAAAGACAUUUCUGCGCGACCCUGCAUUUCAUCAAUGAUCAAAUCGCCUUCUUCGAUCUACCGGCUUUGGAGAUCGAUACUGAGGUCAAAGGCCUGUUUGUCGUUCGAGGUGUUACACUUUCGUUGUCCACCAUGACCCUCGUUGCGCAUGGCGUCGAAGCUGGCAUCAAAUUGUCGGAAGACAUCGAGCUAGCAAUUCAGACCGACAAAGUCGUUGUACCUCUAUUUCGCGAGAUACAUGUCGACGAUAUUUACGCCAACGUCAAGGGGGGUGAUUGGGAGGUAACGUUUGGCAACGUCGCAUACGGAAAACCGGAACCAACAAGCGACGAUGACACUUUCGUUGCAAGUGACACUGCCAUUCUUAGGGCAGCAUCCGUCGCCCUAGACGGCACUUACCCUCGCCGUGUGUCGAUGGUGCGACAGAUGACAGCAGAGAAGCAGCCCGACGACGCCGAAGACGCCGAGUCGGCCUUCGCGACAGUUAAGAAAGUGUCGCCAGGCGAGAAGGAUGCAAACAAAAAGUACAAGGAGCUGGUCAAGAACAUCCACGAUACGAGCGUGAUUACGAACGCAAAGAGAGCCAUACGGGAAGCUGUGGACGCUGACGAGAAAGACACCAAGCUCGAUUUGGACAAUAUGGAUGAUUUCCGAGCUGCGAUAUGUGCUCAUAUACACGCAUACUCCGUCCAUACCACACCCACCUAA